AUGAACUUCCUGAUGAGAGAUCCAGUCCUACAGGGAUCAAGUAUGGCAUAUCAUCCGUUUAUACCUCACCGGGGUCCGGAAUUUGCCAUGAGUGCAAUGCUGGGUCACCAGCCUCCUUUCUUCCCGGCUCUGGCUCUCCCUCACAACGGCUCCUUCUCUCUGCCGGGCGCCCUGGGAAAGCCGAUCAUGGACCAGCUGAUGGGAGCCGCGGAGACCGGCCUCCACUUCUCUUCGCUGGGGCACCAGGCUGCGGCCGCCCACCUCAGGCCUAUGAAGACUCUGGAGCCUGAGGAAGAGGUGGAAGACGACCCUAAAGUUCACCUGGAAGCCAAGGAGCUUUGGGAACUUUUCCACAAGAGAGGCACCGAGAUGGUGAUCACAAAAUCCGGAAGGCGGAUGUUCCCCCCGUUCAAAGUGAGGUGCACUGGUCUGGACAAAAAGGCCAAAUAUAUUCUCUUGAUGGAUAUUGUUGCAGCCGACGACUGCAGAUACAAAUUUCAUAACUCCCGCUGGAUGGUGGCAGGGAAGGCCGACCCCGAAAUGCCAAAGAGGAUGUACAUUCACCCGGACAGUCCGGCUACCGGGGAACAGUGGAUGUCAAAAGUCGUCAAUUUUCACAAACUCAAGCUGACAAAUAACAUCUCCGACAAGCAUGGAUUUGUAAGUUCAACUAAUACUAUACUUAACUCGAUGCACAAAUAUCAGCCUCGAUUUCACAUUGUGAGGGCCAACGAUAUUCUCAAACUCCCGUACAGUACCUUCAGGACUUACGUUUUUCCUGAAACCGAUUUCAUUGCUGUGACUGCUUAUCAGAAUGACAAGAUAACCCAGUUGAAAAUUGACCAUAAUCCAUUUGCCAAAGGAUUCCGUGACACAGGCAAUGGAAGACGUGAAAAAAGGAAACAGCUGGCUCUGCAAUCCAUGCGUUCAUACGAGGAGCAGCAGAAAAAGGAGAACGGGGCUUCAGACGACUCCUCUGGAGAGCAGGCCUCCUUUAAGUGCUUCGGCCAGGCCUCGUCCCCUGCCGUGUCUACCGCGGGCCCCCAACACCUAAAAGAUUUCUGUGACAGCGAUGAGGACAGCGACGAUGAGAGCAAAGAUGGACACAUCAAAGAUGGCCCGGACUCCAGCAAGAUUUCCACGACUACGAAGGACGGUAAAGAUCAUGAGGCGAGCCCAGCUAAGGGGCAUCCCUUUAGUGACACUGACUCAACCAGCAGGACCCGCGACAGCGGCUCUAGGACUGAGAAAAGCCAGGCAGACUCGCGGCAGAGCCCCAUCACCGUCAUCUCCAGCACCACCCGUUCGGGAGAAGACCUCAAGAGCCCGAGCCUGGACCAGCCCAAAACGGACGAGUGCAGGUCAAUAGGCAAAGACAGUUUCAUGCCUUUGACUGUUCAGACUGACAGCCCGCACAUAGGCCACUUGCAUAAUUUUGGAUUUCCAACAGGCCUAACGGGACAACAGUUUUUUAAUCACCUUGGGAGCGCGAAUCCGUUUCUCUUGCACCCCAGUCAGUUCAACAUGGGAGGUGCAUUCUCAAACAUGGCUGCGGGCAUGGGACCACUAUUGGCAGCUGUGUCCACGGGAGGGGUGAGCACCAUGGACACAACUAGCAUGGCAUCACCUUCGCAAAGCUUGACGGGAGCGCCAGGCCUGCCCUUUCAUCUGCAGCAACAUGUCUUGGCAUCACAGGGCCUGGCCAUGUCUCCGUUUGGCAGUUUGUUCCCUUAUCCGUACACGUACAUGGCAGCAGCCGCGGCAGCCUCCUCCGCGGCCUCCUCCGCGGUGCACCGGCAUCCUUUCCUGAACGCAGUGCGCCCCCGACUCAGGUACAGCCCUUACUCCCUCCCCAUGACGGUACCGGACAGCACCCUGCUCACAACCGCCAUGCCCUCCAUGGCCGGCAGCAGAACCGAGCUAAAAGGAGACGGUAUCGUCCCGGCCAGUCCCGUGUCUGCUGUCACCCUGGAUUCCACAUCGGAGGUGACCAGUCACUCGUCCAACAUAUCCUCCGGCUCGGUUUCAAUGUCCCCAAAAACUUGCAGGGAGAAAGACGCCGCCAACGAGCUGCAGAGCAUCCAGCGCCUGGUCAGUGGACUCGACUCAAAUCAGGACAGGUCACGGAGCGGGUCCCCAUAGGGACAUGGCACCUGCUUCUCGUUUCGUUGUUGUCGUGAAAAGUGAAAACUGUUGACGGUGAUGAAGACAUUACCAGUAGGAGGACACCCUUGUAGAUUCAUGCAGGUUUUCAAAAGAAAAAGAAA